CCUCUGUUGAAACACACAUAGAUAACAAGACAAGAAAGUGUGUUGUACUAAUCAAUUCUUCAAGUAAUUCGACCAUAACUCUCAAUUACACUAUAAUUAGGUAUACUAAUGUGCAUGUAAGCAUGUGGGUUAUUUUGUAUGCGACUAUUUCAGCGCUUGCCGUUGCAGUGCACGGCUACUGCCCGGCCGGGUUCGAGGCUCUGGGAGACCACUGCUACGUCAUCUUGAAGGUGAUGGGAUCCUAUGCCGAGGGAAAGACGUAUUGCGAAGACGCGGGCGCUUCUCUUGCCGUGAUCCGUAGUCGAGAAGAGGAGGUUCUGAUAGAUAGCUACAUCCAUCGACACAUGAGUCAAAUCCAGACCACCCAGAUCUGGAUCGGCGGUUCCGACCUCCUUCAGGAAGGGACCUUCCUGGCCCCUGGGAGCCAGGAGGUGUUGACCUACCUCAACUGGGCCCCGGGGCAGCCCGACAACAUCGGCACGGGCCAACACUGUCUAAACAUUUUCCGAGAUGACGCACAAUUGCGAUGGGAUGACGACAAUUGUGAAUUGGAUAGAUUCCCGUUGUGUCAAAGGGAACAAGUGGAUCAGCCGGUUGUUGGAUAGAUCAGCCGAUUGUUGGAUACAUCAGCCGAUUGUUGGAUACAUCAGCCGAUUGUUGGAUACAUCAGCCGAUUGUUGGAUAGAUAACGAUUGUGUUAUAACAUAGAGAAAUAAAGCAUAAGUGAAAC